GGGAUUUGAAUAAAAAAUCCAGGUACCAUUCAAAAAGAACUCAUUUAGUAAUUGCUCUGCAAAAGCAAAAAGUUGGCAUUAACAGUCGGCCACGUGUUUCCAAAGGAAAAGGUAGAUAUAACGCAUCGCUAUAGCACGAGGGUGUAAUCACGGGCACAAUGUCUGCAGCACUGAUUUACACAUUCUCGCUUUUCUUGGUGGUAGUUCGUGCCACUGUUGAUGUCAAAGUGGGCAUGCUGCACUAUUCGCCCCAUCAUGACACCUUUAUUGGUACAUUCUACUUUUUUCCAGCCUCCCAAAUCGCCUUUGAGACCGUCGCUAAACGCUUGGAAACGGGUCAGUACCAGAACUUUAACAUGUCCUACAUCAGCACCGAUGAGUGCUGCACACGCCCUGUGCGGUCUUCAGGGGCACUAGCCGCGUCCAUGUACUACGACCAUGGAGUAGAUGCUUUCCUUGGUCCAGCCAAGAGCGGUGAAAUGACAGCCGUAGCUGACAUGGCAGCUUAUUGGAACCUUCCAGUGAUCACCGCCGCUGAAAGCUCUUUUCAUCUUGCAGACAAGGCGCGUUUCGCAACUCUGACCCGCACAUUCCCCGCGACGACGUCGGUGAGCAAAUACCUAGCUUCUAUUUUCCAACAGCAAAGUUGUGUGGUGCUACGGGGAUUCGAGAGGCCGCGUUUCUUUGAACACAGCAUUCCACCCUCUAUUACCGCUGCCCUUCAAGCUGCUGGGGUCACUGUGAUCGAGGUUUUCGCUGACAACUAUAACACUCUUGAUCAGGCACUGAGGGAAGCUGCCUCGUGGAGUAAUGUGAUAUUUAUUUGCACCUCCCCUGUCCGUGACAUAAUGGUUCACGCCUACCGUCUGGGCUACAAGGCGGACUCACACACGUUUCUGUACUGGUACCCUGUCGAGAAAGAGAGUUGGCAAACGAGUUCCCAGUUUCAAAAUCUCAACGAGGAAGAGACAGAAGCCAUGAAGGCGCUGGUGGUGUUGCACCCAGAACUUCCAAAGCCGGACGAAGCUUACAGGCAAUUUCAAAGCGAGUUACGGGAACGCCAGCGGGCUUUGUACGGCAAGACUCAGAUCGAGGAUAACUUUCUGGCUGCGACCCUUCAUGAUACCAUUCUGAUGUAUGCAGACGUCAUCAAUGAGAUUGUGGCAGAGGGCAGUGACGUAAGGGAUGGCAGAGCAGUGACAAAGAAGAUGUGGAACCGCACAUUCGAAGGUGUGACGGGGACCUUUAAGAUAAGUAAUAAUGGGGACCGUUUGCUGGUCAACGAGAUGUUGCAAAUGACCGACGAUAAUACCGGAAACUUCAAUGUCGCUUUUACUCACGACGAGGCUGCCGAUUUCUAAACAGUUUGACGAGACUGGAGACCAGAGACCGAUUUGUAACAGCCAUAUGAUGCUUUGAACAACGCUCAAACAACAGAUAAGGAAGAAUACCUAUUUUGUGGGUUUUGGGAUAUUUGUUCCAACAUUGUGGUGUAAAUUAACAUGCUCGAGUUUUUAAAUUGGCAGUCCGCUGUUAGGCUUUUAGAGGUGUUUAGAAGAUGAAUUUUGCAUUAAGAAAUUCAAAUGAUACAAAAUGUAUUUGCGAGUAAUUACGUGUAAUACUUAGGCCUAAGUUGUUUUGCCAUAGACAGGCUCACUAAAUGAAGAUUUGUGGCUGAGUUGCGUCAAUUUCUGUAAAAUCGGGGUCAGUAAUUCUGAAGAGUAACAUUGCUUGGUUUUGGGUAAGCAAUCCUCAUGUGUUCAGCAAUCUGUCGAACCGGUAAUAUGUCCAAAAGCUUAAGUUUUCUUCCAUGUUUAAGAUUUGUAAUAGACAUUAGUAACUUUCCUUUUAAACAACUUACAAUGACUUCAUGCAAUCAUUUUGAAUCCGCCAGAUAGAAUUUUUAAUAAUCAUAAUUUCGAACCGCACAAAAUUUGUACCAUAAGAACGGUGCAUUCCAAUUCAAAACUGUUUUGAGUCGUUUUCUAUAUAGCACCAAAAUAACUGCAAACCUUUUGAAUCGAUUACUAGCACCGAAAUAGUAUAACUAGACUGUAGGAUGAUUGUUGUCUGUAAAGGUAUACCAUUUUUUUCAGUAUUGAUAUCAUAUAAUAACUUACAAUCGUCAAAAUAGAGACCUUUCCUGUUGGUUGCUUCCACUGCCUACUGUCCAGUACGGUACCCUGACGUCAUAGUCUACGUGUCCAGCACAGCUUGUAGGCCUACAUGUAAAGCACACAUUAACGCGCGGACAAAACUGCUCUUUGACCCGCAACUUGCGAGUGUUUUACUUAAAAGUCUGCUGAGUUUAAUACAAGGAUAUCAUCAUUUUUAUCAAACGUUGGGCAAAGCAAUAAGUCUGCACUGUAAGAAAAAAGUUUUGUUUGGACCUGCAUUAAUUAUAAAUUAGAUCGGUUACGGAUUUUUUUGUUACAAAAUGUCUGUGUUGAUACUACCUUGCGCGAAAUUUAGUUCAGAGUCAAACUCCUUUCAAAGAGUUUUUAUUCUACGGAUUGCAAUGUGCAUGAAACCGAUUCAAAUACUCUAAGGUUUUCAACAAACAUGCUUUUAUAACCAAGAAAAUAUCAAAUUUGGUAAAACUUUCGUAAAGUGAAGAAAAAAAUGUUGAGGUUAUUUUUAAAUCAAAUUUUCCGUACAUGUUCUGAUGCAGUGCAUGAAAUUAUACUACCGAAACAUGUAAUUUAUAAUGAAUAUUUUAUUAAACGUAUAAAAGUUUCACUGUUUUACUCAAUGCCCUGAAAACCUAUCAUCAAAGACGCACGAUACUUCAUUUUCCUAUCAAAGCGGGUAAAAUCAGGCACCGCCUGUUGCAAUGCUGUUGAUAAGCGCAAAUUUGUGCAUGCGCACUUUGGUUGUGAACGCCAUUAACAUGCAGACCCGCUGAGUGGGACUAUAAGCGGAUAGGGCACCACACCAAAUACCGAUUUCAUUAAGCUAUAGCGCCAAUCUUGUAGGGACUGAGCACCUGGAUGUCACAUCUAAGAAAAAAACCCUUUCUGUACGUCUAUUCCUAAGCCACGGUGGACAUGUUUGGCUGAACUUCAUCGUGUGAAAUGGCAUCAUGCUUUCGCCUGACUUGAAUAUUAGAUUUUAAUCAUUGGUUAGCAAGGCCUACAUUUAUUUUGUAAAAUUUUGAGGUAUUUGCUACUUUGACUCUUUGUGACAUUUUAUCAUGGCGAUUUACAUAUUGUUAGUUAUUAUCGAACAUUGUAAAACGUAUUCAUUGAUGGUCUCACAAAGUGACAAAAACCUGGAAAACCUAUAUUUUUCCAAUCUGGAUUUUUUGCAGCUAAUUUUGUACGUUCGAUUCAAGGAACAUGUUGGCAGAGCAUUACAGUCAAAUGUUAUUUAUUUUCUUAAUUCUCUUAAAAAAAAGACAAAAAGCUCGGUCUCUAGGUAUUUUGGUCUUACAAAGUGACAAAAUCCCCUUCGAUACAAGGGCAAAAAUAGAAACUAAACACAGCUCUGGUCGAGUCAAGAUGUGAGCGUGUAAGUGCAUGCGAACAAUAUUGAACACGAACAACAUGGCGUGUGUUUAAUCUAACAAAAAUGUUUCCGUGUGCGUAUAAUCUAACAAAGUGCCAAAACUGUGUAUAAUACAAUAGGGGGAAAGUAGGACCUCCAGGUUUUACAAUCUUUCCAAAUGUAAAAAAAAAAUGAAUUAAAUGCAUAUUAGAGUGUCUAAGAGUUUUUCAAAUCUCACCUUUCAUGAUUAUAGAAAAAACUCCCUGGUUCGUGAAAUAAAAGUGGUCAAAUAUGUGGGAUGAAGGAUGGCAUAUUUUAAAACACGUUUCUCUAGGCUGUCUGUUUUCUCUGAUUGGGAGGUUUAUAUCACUUCGUGAGAUUAUCGACGAAUUAUUCUGUCAGGUUCUCCUGUUAUGGAUUUUGAAGUCCUAAACCCAAGAUGGUUUCAGUCGAACUGUUUUUCAGGUUCAUUGUCUUGAUGUAAUUUACUGAAGUUAAAUUUUCCUGGACAUUUAAAAUUUAUUUUUUCAUCAAAGGGAAUGAAAGUCCACACUUUAGAAAACUUAAUUCUCUAGAAUAAACUACAUCGCUAGUGCAUUCCAUUCAUGCAGACCAUUAAAUUCCUGUUGGUUGACUCUUACAUUUAAAUCGUAUAUGGUAUCGUGGCUGGCAUUCUUCGAGUCGCUCGUUUGAGGCCUUCAAUCCAAAUUUUAACACUACGACUUCGAUGUAUUGAUGUUAAUAAUGUGUAGAAUCAGACCAAACUGUACCAAUAUUGAGAAACAUGUUGACUGCCUCGUGCCUACCUGGUCUUUUACGUGGUUAUGGUCGUUAGAUUUUCCUUACGUGGGAGACUGCAUAAGUUUAUGCGACAGAUAGCCAGUCUAGGCGUCAUUUCGUUUUCCCUCCAAAAGCAUACUUUUAGAGCUCAUCACUACAUGCAAAAGUGUAAACAUUGUAUUCAUGUUCAACAAAAAAUAGGACACCUACAGAAUUCCUUUAAGAUAGUACCUUUGAGAAAAAUUAAUUAAACAUUGCUCAAAGAAACAUUAUUUGCCCAUUUAAAUAAAGAUCUGUCUAAGUCUAUUUCAAGAUGCGUGACUAAUUUGGCGUUUUAUUGGCGGUGGAAUAGCGAGGUGACACAUAUGUUAAUAGGACGCGCGGAAUUUGGUGCAGCCCAUGCACUGCAGCUUUUCGUCUGGGUUAGGCGCGCUGUGGAUAUUUUUAUGGCCACGUUCUGAUUUAAAAAGGGGUCAUUUCCUCCAGAGCUUGUGGUGAAUAAAUCCUUUGUAGGGUUUCUUGUGCCAGUAAGGUUCCCGGGUGGGUGAAAUUGAAUGAGUUUCAGUUGCGUUUAGCAGUAAAAACUUAGGUAUUUAUACCUUCAUGUUCCGAUCACAAUUUCGCUCCAUGGCCCACAAACUGCAUACGCCGUACAGGCACAUGUACAAGACCUCAAUGCAAGAUUUUGCUGUGACUGCACUUGUGUCUUUUCUCGCUAUUUUGCACACAUGCUUUCGCUCUAUCUUUGAUUCAUAUUUUUGUACAUUAACUUUUCAGACAACCUAGAACACACCCAGGGAUAGCUUAGGGGAGACAAGUCAGCAAUAAAGAAGAACUGCAGGCAGUUGCGGGAUGCGUGGUGUCCUUUCUUCAUUGUGCUGCACUGCAAACGCACUUCGUCCCAAAUAAUAUUGGAGGCCACCCCCUCCCUUGCGGCGUACCACUACACUAAUACGUCUGUUAAUUGUAAAUUCCCAAUACUUUGUGUGUUAUCGUAAUUAUUUCAGUAACCUCUUUACAUUUUCUACUAACAUUGAGGAGCCAUAUAGUGUUUGGUAUAUGGUGGGGGAGGCUGAGGUUCGGACUUCAACUCUAUCUACGGUUUCCAAUGUUAACGUGAGAAAUUAAAUCGAUGGAACACUUGCAGCCUUACAUUAUAGCCAUGAGAAGUCGUAAACUGUGUUUCGUUUAAUUACUAUGCACUGUGCUCAAAAUAAUUAUGUGCAACAUGUCCCUGUAUUUUAAUCACAGUUGGUACGUAAAAAUGGUUUUGUCAUUACUUUUCUCAUCAAACCUAUGAAGGAAAGCAAAGUUAUCACAAAAAUGUUUAAUUACUAUGCACUGUGCUCAAAAUAAUUAUGUGCAACAACAUGUCCCUGUAUUUUAAUCCUAGUUGGUACGUAAAAAUAGUUUUGUCAUUACUUUUCUCAUCAAACCUAUGAAGGAAAGCAAAGUUAUUACAAAAAUGCUUCAAUUAACAACAGACGGAAAAACCUGUCGUACCUAAGUCAAAAGGAGACGUAAUUAAUUCCAAAUUCAUAUACAUAAAAUAAACUUAGACAACCGGCGAGCAAACCAAGGUCAAUAGGUUUUACAAUUUUACUGACAUUAAAUAAACAUGAAACUGGCUAACCGGGCGGUAUUGAUGAAACAAUACAUGCGCGUUAUGCAUAAGAAAAAAGUUUUGUAAACAUAUGCUGAAGAAAUAAACAUGAGGUUUGGCUACUAAAGUAGAAAAUAGCAAAUGAUAA